CACCGUUUUUUUGGUGUUUCCUUCUAACUUUUUCUGUGUGCCGGCAAUGUCUGUCAAUAAAACAAACUCAUCCUUCGAAAUCCAACAGAGCAGAGCAGAACAGAGGGUUGUGUUGUGUAAACUCAGAUGUCUCCGAAAACAUCAUUUCAGAGAAGAAUUUUCCACCCAAUCAAUGCUUCUCCGUAGCUUCCGUAGAUGAUUCUCCUCUCCGUUUUCUUUUCUCUGUUUGAUUCCUGAGAAAAAGAAAACAACUUGUUCAAAUUUGCUCCCAUUUUUACUCUGCAACUCACAAAGAACAGUUGUUUAGCUGCUCUUUAAGUUGAUGUUUGUGGAAUGACGGAGUCAACGAGCGUAAGGUUGGUGAGGUGUCCAAAGUGUGAAAACCUUCUGCCGGAGCUCGCCGACUACUCUGUCUAUCAGUGCGGUGGAUGCGGUGCUGUUCUUCGAGCAAACAAUCUGACUGUGGAUGCUUCCCCUGAUAAGUUAAAUGAAGGAGUUGCAGAAGCAUCCACCAAAUCACUGAAUUCCUCAGAUAAGGGAGUUGUGGACUGGAGUGAUGCUUCUGAUUCGGAUCCAAAGUCCAGUGGUAGCUCUUUGAGGUACAAUGAAAAUUUUCCUGAUAAAAAAAAUGCUGGGUAUACGGAGAGAUGUGGAAAUCAGUCUAAGGUUUCGGGGAACACGUUAGGUGUUGACAGUGUUCUUGAUAUGGAGCUGAGGGGUGAUGAGCCAGAGAGGGAACGUGGAAAUUUGAAUACCACGAUGGAAUAUGGUGGUGAUUCCUGGAGAUUGGGUCGGAUGCCUACUUGGCAUCCUGGGGAGAAAAGUGAGAAGGAAGGGUUUCAGAGAUCCAUGAAACGUGAUGUUGAAGGUAUGAGAUUUUCUGCUUCAAACAAUCCAGAUGAGGGUCCCUCAAAUUCUCGUUUUGACUCCUUAGGUAAUUAUGAGGAACCAAUGAGGACUCAUAGUCAUCUUGAUGAGGCUAGUAGAGUUCAAUACCUGGAACAAGAUCGAGCUGAACUACUAAAGAAGCUCGAUGAGCUAAAGGAUCAACUUAUUAGGACAUGUGAUGUUGCCGAUAAACCAAAGGAGCAGUUUCCUGGUGAUGGCAGGGCCAUUCCUCCACAUUCAUAUAGUGAUUAUAAUUCCUGGUUUCCAGGUGUUUCCUCUGGUUCGGAUAGGGCUUCAAUGCAGUACUUUCGGCCAGAUAGACAUGCUUCUGGGCCUCCUUAUUUUAGUCAUUGUCCUGAUCCAUUCCCGUAUGCCAGUGGGCAUGAAAUGCCCAUUGAUAGCAUCUAUCCUCCAAAGCUUAACUCGAAUAAUAUUCCUGGACGUGAUUAUCCUUUUGGAUCCCAAAUGUUCAGAAGAGCUCCACAACAAUUAUAUAGUCACUACCAGCAACAACAACCUCAUCCUCAUUUUUCUGGACAGUAUGUUGAUCCUAAUCCCGAUCUUUUUGAGCCACCGCAUAAUGCACCAUUUCACCAACCUUCUUGCCCAUGUUUACUUUGCUACAACAAGAAUCAAAGAGUUUCAGCACCAGUACCACCCACUGCUUUUGGCAAUAAAAGAUUUCCUAACAUUCCCUACGAUCCCAUUCCAUACCAUCGUGACACUUCUAUGACAUUGGGUCCACCAUUUCAAAAUUCUAGGACUGACAAUCCUCCAAUAAAUUUCCGUGCUCUUCGAACCCACUCUAGAUGGCCAAGUGAACUAAACUCUGAGAUGGAUGGCAUUGUUCGACAUCGUCCUCAGAAGGUUUUUGCUAGCAGUAGUCACCGUUGCUAUCCUGUAGCCGGUGCUGCCCCAUUUAUAACAUGUUAUAAUUGCUUUGAACUGCUGCAACUGCCCAAGACAGCGCAACUUCCAACGAAAAAUCAACAAAAGUUGCGGUGUGGUGCGUGUUCCACAGUACUCAAUUUUACUAUCGUCAAUAAGAAGGUUGUUCUAUCUGUCGAUUCAUACACAAUGCAGAAUCCUUCUGAGGUUGAUGAUGAUACCUGUAAUGGGGUGGUGAAAGAUCAUGUGAAUUCUCUUGGCCAUGCCAACCAGUUUAUUGCUAAUUUCUCUUCAGAUGAUUAUGAUAAUUCUGGGUAUGAUUUUCAAAUGAUGGAUAGAGAACCCCUUCUGAUGUCAAAAGUACAGGAUCCAGACUCGAGCAAGCCUCAAGAGGUGCAAACCUUUCAUUCUUCAUCUCUGACCACCUCUGACGAUGAAAAUAGUCCGGAAGUCUUAACCUCUCCAAGAGAGGUGAUCAACUAUGUUCAACAGCCAAUCAAAACCUCUCUGUCCUCAUCAGCUCCUGAUACACCUCUUCAUGAACCUGCCAUUUACUCUGCUGAUAAUCAGUCAGUGAACCGAUUUGGGAAGGGGAACCGAAGUAGUCGCUCAGAUCAAGAUAAGGGCGUAAUUAACAAGGCUACAGUGCGACAAAAUUCUAUGAAGGAGACAUCCUCUGCAACUGAGAUGGAUGUUUCAUAUAAUGAGCUCUCUAAUACGGGGGUGUCGCAGGAUUCAGGAGAUGCCGAGAGAGAAAAUGAGAAACCUAGAAUCAACAAAAGUGGUGAAUCAUUUUUCGUGAACCUUAUCAAGAAGAACUUUCGAGAUCUUUCCAAGUCUAAUCAUACUGAUGAACGUGCAAAUGUGUCUGUCAAUGGGCAUCUCAUCCCAGAACGUUUGGUUAAGAAGGCUGAGAAGCGGGCUGGACCUAUCCAGCCUGGACAAUAUUGGUAUGAUUUCAGAGCUGGAUUCUGGGGUGUCAUCGGUGGGCCUUGUCGUGGAAUAAUUCCUCCACAUAUUGAAGUAUUCAAUUACCCCAUGCCAGAAAAUUGUGCCACUGGAAAUACUGGUGUUUUUGUAAAUGGAAGAGAGCUUCAUCAGAAAGAUUUGGAUUUGCUUUCUACCAGAGGACUUCCAGCUGAUAGAGAUAGGUCCUACAUUGUUGAAAUUUCUGGUAGGGUACUGGAUGAAGACACGGGUGAAGAGCUCGACAAUCUCGGCAAACUUGCCCCGACGGUUGAGAAGGUAAAGCAUGGAUUUGGAAUGAAAGCUCCAAAAGCAGCUACGUAACGAGCUUCUAGGAAAAACUGUCUUUCUACUGUGGAUGAUUGGCAUACUGGAUAUAUUACUUGGUGCAUGAUAGGCCUAUUGGUAAAUUAUACAAGAUGAGAGGUCCUGCUGCUCAAGGAGGGAUUGUUCCAGAAUAGACACGCGGUUGAUUUAUAGUGGAGUAUUUUGAUAUUCUAGUAUUUGCUCUUUUUGCUGUCAUUGCUGUUAAAAGGUAAGCAGUAGGCAUGAAUACAACAGUCUUUUGGGUGGAUGGUCUUGGGAGGUCCUAUGCUUCUCUAAAACUAGGGUUUGUUGAGAUGUUUUUCUGCUUGUCAAGGUCCUUAUAUGUAAAUCGCAGAUUGAUACUCUAUACUCAAUAGAGAUAUAUAAAUAGAUCUGGUUGUGUUAAUGUGUUCA